AUGUGGUGUAGCUUCCACAAGUCUAAGGCACAUGAUACAAGGAACUGCAGGCAUUUGUUAGAUGCCCUCUUCUCGUCGUACGAAAAAGGAACGUCAAACGUCGAACUCCCUAAGCCUAGGCCCAACGACACCAAGAGUUGGAGCAAAAACAAAGAAAAGAAAACUCACAAGAAUCAGGAUAAGUCCGGAAACCGGCCGAAGCAUACUGAGGAUGACAAGCCAGAAAAGCAUGAAGAAGAAGACGGCGAUGCACAAGUCGACGAGGAGCAACCGCGUAAUCGUCGACGUGUACAAGUCAUCCUCGCACGACCCAAUUCCUCCUCAGAUGAAGAAGAGGAUAAACAGGUCCAUGACUCACGCCAGUAUUCCAGCAAACGAACGAACGAGAGCAUAGGAUCAGAAGGGUCAAACGACUUAAGAAACAAGCUCAGGCGAAAGUCGCAAACACCUGAUCGCGCAUACGACUCACACGGAGAUCUCCGCUCAAUCAUCAAAAAAUCCAAGGCUAGGAAAAUCGAGGACUCGAAUGCUCAAUCCCGUCUAAGGCCACGAGUCAUCGAGCUUCGCGAAAAGCUCAACUCAAAGUCGGAAGACCUCAGAAUCAAGCUUAACCGACCAAAACAUUCAGACUUACGACGAAGAAUCGAGGAGGCGAGAUCCAAGAACGAGGACGGAUACAAAUCUGUUGUCGGGGACUCACCCGUUGUCGAGUACUCGCCCAACGUCAAAAAUCCACCUAUCAUCGAAGACUUGCCUAGCGACUCGAGAACUCGACUGAGAAAUAAACGAGUCAUCGAGUCUAACUUCUUAAACGUAAUCAUGGUUGGCUCACCUCCUUGCGGUGAUUCCGUCCGGUCUGUAAAGGACCAUCGACGACAGGCAGUAACCUCGAAGAAAUGGCCAUCGAAACCCGAGAUCGAUUCCUCAAUCACUUUCUUACCAGACGAUGCCAUCGGCGUCCAUUUACCUCACAACGACCCACUGCUAGUCGAGGUAGGAAUUGCGAAGUGUGACGUCGCUAAAGUGUUGAUUGACACAGGCAGUUCAGUCGAUUUAAUCUUUCGAGAUACGCUUGAUAAGAUGGGAAUCGACCUGCGCGACAUGAAGCCAUCAUCUCGCUCCCUUACAGGAUUCAACGGUGCUUCUGAGACAAUGAUUGGUACGAUCAAACUCCCCGUCUAUGCAUGCAGAGUGAUACGCGCGGUCAAAUUCUCAGUCAUCCGAACGAAAGCUCCUUACAACUCGAUCCUCGGAACCCCCUGGCUUCAUUCUGUUAAGGCAGUGUCUUCGACAUAUCAUCAGUGUGUGAAGUUUCCAGGAAUAAACGAAAAGCAAAUCCAACCACAGAAAGACGAGAUUUUAGAAGCCACCAUCGACGACUCUGAUAAGAGCAAAGUAGUCCGAGUCGGAGCCUUCCUCGACGAAGAGAUGCAACGCGCAAUCAUCAACUUUCUCAAGGAGAACGCUUCAACGUUUGCUUGGGCGACGUCGGAUAUGAAAGGAAUAAACCCCGCCAUCACAUCCCGCGAGUUGAAUGUCGAUCCCACCAUCAAACCGAUUCGCCAGAAGAGACGAAAGCUAGGUCACGACCGAAGCAAAGCUGUCAACGAAGAAGUUGAGCGACUCCUCGCAGCUGGCUCAAUCACCGAGGCGCGAUACCCCGAGUGA